AUCACAGACAGAACAAAGUACUUCAAUCCAGUAUGGAAGUUUUCUCACUUGGCUCCCUCCCACCUUUAGGAUACUCGUGCCACCACUUUCUCUCUUUCCACGAGUGGGCCGGCGCAUCCAAUCCACUGGAGGUCUCCGGAGCGGCGGGGGAGGGACGCCUGCUUGCGGGAUACCCUCUCACUCACUCACUCGCUCCUCUCCCUCAUUUUCGCUUCGCUCCCACGCAGGCACACACACGAUACGAGAGAGCAGGAGAGAAACGCACUGAAAACGAGAGAGAGAGCGAGAGAGAGAGAGAGAGAGAGAGAGAGAGAGAGAGAGAGAGAGAGAGAGAGAGAGAGAGAGAGAAGGGGGACUACUGCCGUGAAACAGGAACUUUUUCUUCCGCGGAGCACAACAUCCAUCGGCUGGGUCUUUCAAAAGGAUGAGGCAGUGUCAAGGCUGGAGAAGCGAGCUGCUGCUGCUGCUGCUGGUUCUACUGGGAGUUCUGGGAGCUACGGCGCAGAAGCUGCCCACGCGAGAUGAGGGACUUUUCCAGAUGCAGAUCCGAGACAAAUCCAUCUUCCACGACUCGUCUGUCAUUCCCGACGGAGCUGAGAUCAGUGGCUAUCUUUUCAGGGACACGCCCAAAAGGUACUACUUUGUGGUGGAGGAAGACAACACGCCGCUGUCGGUGACGGUGACACCGUGCGACGCGCCACUGGAGUGGACGCUGAUGCUGCAGGAGCUGCCCGAGGAGGCCAGCGGCGAGGCGUCAGGGGAGCCCGAGCCAUUGGACCAGCAGAAGCAGCAGGUGACGGUGGACGAAGGCACGGAGCUGUUCACCUACAAGGGCAACGACGUGGAGUCCUACGUGGCCGCCAGUACGCCAUCCGGCCUCUACCAGCUGCAGCUGCUGUCCACCGAAAAGGACAGCAACUUCAAGGUGUACGCCUCCACCACACCAGAGUCUGACCAGCCCUACCCGGAGCUGCCGUACGACCCUCGCGUGGACGUCACCUCGCUGGGUCGAACCACCGUCACCCUGGCCUGGAAGCCCACGCCCACGGGCUUCCUGAUGGGCCAGCCGGUGCAGUACUGCGUGGUCAUCAACAAGGAGCACAACUUCAAGAGUAUGUGCGCCGCCGAAGCCAAGAUCGGCGCCGACGACGCCUUCAUGCUGGCUCCCAAGCCGGGCAGGGACUUCAGUCCGUUCGACUUCGCCCACUUUGGCUUCGUUCCGCCCGGCAAAGGCCCGAUGAGCAACAAGAUCUCGCGGGCGUACCCGACCAAGCCCAAAAUGUCGGACAUUCACAAGUUGUGCAUCGGAAACAAGAACAUCUUCACCGUCUCCGAGCUGAAGCCCGAUACGCAGUACUACUUUGACGUGUUCGCCGUCAACUCGGCCACCAACACCAGCACGGCCUACGUGGGCACCUUCGCCCGCACCAAGGAAGAAGCCCGGCAGAAGACGGUGGAGCUCAAGGACGGCAAAGUGUCGGACGUUUUCAUCAAGAGAAAAGGCAGCAAGUUCCUCCGCUUUGCUCCCGUGUCGUCGCACCAGCGGGUGACCUUUUUCGUGCACACCUGCUUGGACGCCGUACAGGUGCAGGUGAGGCGCGACGGCAAGCUGCUGCUCUCGCAAAACGCCGAGGGCGUGCGACAGUUCCAACUGCGCGGCAAGCCCAAAGCCAAGUACCUGAUCCGCCUGCGCGGAAGCCGCAAGGGCGCCUCCACCCUGAAGGUGCUGGCCACCACCCGAGCGGGCAGCAAGCAGCCUUUCCCCUCCCUGCCCGAGGACACCCGCAUCAAAGCCUUCGACAAGCUGCGCACCUGCUCCUCCGUCACCGUGGCCUGGCUGGGAACGCAAGAACGGAACAAAUACUGCGUCUACCGCAAGGAAGUGGCCGACGACUACGGCGAGGAGCAGAGGCGGCGCGAGCAGAACCGCUGCGCCGGGCCCGAGACGCGGCGUAAGUCGGAGAAGGUCCUGUGCAAGUACUUCUACAGCCCCAACCUGCAGAAGGCGGUCACCACCGAGACGGUGGCGGGGCUGGAGCCCGGAAAGACUUACCUGCUGGACGUCUACGUGGUGGCGCACAGCGGCCACUCGGUCAAGUACCAGAGCAAACUGGUGAAAACGAGGAAGUACUGCUAAAAGUGACUACGCACAGAGGAAGAAAUCUAUUAUAAAUAUAUCUAUGGAAUAAGUUUAUUUAACUCUUUUGAAAGAUACACAGACUGACUACUCACCUGUGGCGCAAGACAGAACUGUCGCUGGAGACAUCAUCCGCCUGUAUAUUUAUGUUUACAUUCGACCUCGUGAGCGGGCUUGGCUUUCAUCGUCGCUGCAUGACUCUUGACUAUCGGAAAUCAAAAAAAACAAAAAAAGUGACUGAUUGUUGUUUUUCUUUUUCAUGGAACACACACUCACGCACAUACAAAAGUAAAGUUCUGAAGGCGGGGCUUCAAAUCUGGGCAUUUCUAUCUGGAGUUCUCCCAGUGCUUGCAUGGGUUAGAAUGUGUACUUUUUUUUUGACUGGGUUCCGUGCCAAAUCACCCUAAAAAGUCAGAUUUUGAUUCAUAUGAAACUUGUACUUGUUGAUCGUUACGGCACAACACAACAUCUCAAAUUUUAGGUCAAUCACAUGUUUGCUAAAAUGAAUAAAGGUUUCAGAUGUGUGUUUUUUUUGUUUAGCAGUCAUAGGGAAUCUGAGAGAGAUAUUUCAUGCAAAACUGUCGAAAUGGAAAAAAAGAAAUUGUCAAGGUCAUGCGGCUCACAAGCUCAAUUUCAAGGUCAAAUUACAGGUCAAAAGGUCAAGUGACUAAAAUAUGCGCCAAUCUUCUCAAUGAUUUCAGAGUUGGGAUCCUUGUGGAAUUCCCUUUCCAACAAUAUCUGUUUUGUGAAAAUUGACCACGUAGUUCCGGAGGUAUGACAAAGGGAAGGUGGCCACGCCCCCUUUUUGCCAAACUAAUUCAAAAUUUGCGGGCCGUAGCUCCCAAACCUCUGCUCCGAUUGUCCCAAGUUUUGAGAUUUAGUGUUGUGCCAUCACUACCAACAAGUACAUUAAGUUUCGUUCAAACCAAAAUCUGUUUGGUUGAAGCCACCGGCUGAUUUGACAUGGAGCGACUCUACUGCAGUUGAAACAGUACUUCUUCUUUUGCCAGAGUCUUUUUUUUUUUUUUUUUACACAACUUUCUGUACUUUGACUUCCAUAGUGUGACUACUUUUGUCACCGCUGCAUGCCACAAUCAGUCCGGAACACCAUCACGAUGCAUCAAACGAUCCACCCGCCGUAUUAUAUCAAAGCCAAAUGUGUGUGAAGUGUUCUUGUACAGCGUUGCCUCACUAUCUCGCAGAUUUCUUUUUAAGCAAUCAUUUUUGUUGUCUAAUGACUUAUUGUGAUGGAUGCCCUUGCAUGUGGGAAAGGACAGCCACAGUCGGCGAUGCACUUUUUUCAGCCAUCUAAGAAAUGGCGGCAGAACAGUCAAACACAUAAACGCUGCUGCUGUCGGCCACAGCUCACGCAGAGACGCUCAGUUGGAGACUCGGCAACGUUACAACAUGUACAGUAUUUUCUGUACAUUUUAUGCUGGCAAUUUUGUUGUUGUUGUUGUUGUGUUCAAAUUUGUACGAUGUGUUUCAAAAGUGUGUUUUAAUAAGUUCAAAUGUGUUCAAAGCAUGUGUGACGGGUCAAACUAUAACAAAUAUCUUUUAUACCGUCUCUCUAUAAUGGCGAUUUUCACCUGUUGUGAACGUGUCCCGUUUGUUAUUUAGUGCUAGAUUAAAAAAAACAAAAAAAUCAAAUGAGAACAUAAUCAGUCACUUUUUUUCAUUUUUGCCGGAUUUUUCGCUGGCCAAGUGAAAAUAGAAGGAAUGAUAAACGGAUCCAAGAUGCUAUCUUGUACAGACCUUUCGCUCCACCAAGUUGUACCGAGACUUUUAAAUUAUUUUCUAUUUUUUCUCUCUGUGUUUUUUUUUUUCUCUUGAUGACGUGUUCCCAUGACAUUCCCUUGUGUAAUCGCUCUCUUGUAACUGUGCCCCGUGCUUGGCAAAUGUUGCGCUAUUAUCACUGUAUCAAUGUGCAAGUGUGUGUGUGUGUGUGUGCGUGAGUGAGUGCGUGUCACGUGUACAGAGUUGUCCUGCCAAAUAUUCCUGUACAUAAACACUAAAUAUAGAAGACGUAA